UUUAAGUCAUUACUAAAAAGCGAUGAUUCGUUGUGCAUCCAGUUUCUAUCGUGUGGAAAAUCUUUUGCGUCAAGUGAUACGUUGCGCAUCGUCGACACCACCAACAGGGUCACGUGUUAAAACAUUCGAGAUAUAUCGUUAUGAUCCGGAAAAGCCCGGAUCAAAACCUCAGUUGCAGAAAUAUGACAUCGAUUUGGAUGAUUGUGGUGCGAUGAUUCUGGAUGCACUGAUCAAAAUCAAAAAUGAAAUAGAUCCUACUCUUACUUUCCGCCGUUCAUGCCGUGAAGGCAUUUGUGGCUCAUGUGCUAUGAAUAUCGAUGGUGAAAACACCUUGGCGUGCACUUGUAAAAUUAACGAAAAUACGAGCAAGAGCAGUAAAAUCUAUCCACUACCACAUAUGUUUGUCAUUAAGGAUUUGGUGCCGGACAUGAGCUUGUUUUACGCACAGUACGCAUCGAUUGAACCAUGGCUAAAGAAGAAAAACAAGUUAGUGCUUGGUGAGAAGCAAAUGUAUCAAACAGAAAAAGAGCGUGAGAAACUGGACGGAUUAUAUGAAUGCAUUCUUUGUGCCUGCUGCAGCACGAGUUGUCCGUCGUACUGGUGGAAUGCAGACCAGUAUCUGGGACCAGCCAUUCUUUUGCAAUCUUAUAGAUGGAUAGUUGAUUCACGAGACGAUUAUGCUGAGGAACGAUUGUCGAAAAUACACGAUCAUUUCAGUGCUUUCAAAUGUCACACUAUCUUAAACUGUACAAAAACUUGUCCAAAGCAUUUGAAUCCAGCAAAAGCAAUUGGAGAAAUUAAGAAACUCCUUACUGGUUUCGAUAAAAAGCCGGCACCCGUUGCUGCGCCAGCCAAUUUCUAAAUUAAAUUCCGAUUUUAUGGAAGUGCGCAAAAACUGUACAUUUUUCUUUUAAUUUAUUAAAUGAUGUUGUGUAUUUAGUUUUCAGGAUUUUUUUUUUGCAUUUAGAUUUCUGUAAUUAGUCUCUUUCAUCAUUCCCAUGGUUACUGCUCCGGCAGAUUGAAUAGAUAUUUUCGAAAUUAAAUCUAUUCGUUUUCUUUGUUCAGUGAAUUUCAGCAUCAAAAAAGUUAGUACCAG